AUGUCGAAUCUAAGACAUCUUAUGAAUUACGACAAUAAUAAGAAUGAUUACUUAAGCAAUAGAAGUAAAACUAGUAUAAGCAAUCUUAUUGACACAACAACACCCCUUGAGAAUAACACCAGUACUACCAAUUUUGGCGGUAACAGCCAUAGCCAUAGUACCAAUUUUGGCGGUAACAGCCAUAGCCAUGCUACCAACUUUGGCGGUAACAAUCACACAGCUUCAUUCACUCAACACACGGGUUUGCCUUUACAACAACAACAACAACAACCGCUGCCGCUGGCGCUACCAAAUUACAAUUAUAAUUUCAACAAUUAUACGAGUCUAGAAGAAACGCAACCGAUUGAAGAGCAGCCAUUACCGCAAGAGGCGUCUCAAGUAGACCACCACUCGCCCAAAGCAUCGUCUUCGGCAUCAAAUUUAAACCAUAUAUCACAGGAACAGAUAUUACUGAGUUUUGAAAAAAUUAAAACUCAUUUCCCAGCUGCAAGAAUCAAAAAGAUUAUGCAGAGCGAUGAGGAAAUUGGUAAAGUUGCUCAGGCGACUCCAAUUAUUGUUGGUAGGGCCUUGGAAAUAUUUAUGGCCAACUUGGUGGAAGUGUCUAUAUUACAGGCGAAAAAGCAGGGUGCUAAAAGAAUUACAGCAAGUCAUAUCAAGUCUGCUAUUGAGAAUACUGAGCAAUUUGAUUUCUUAGUAGAGGCUGUUGAAAAGUAUCCUUCGUUGAAGAAUUGA